AUGCGCACUUUUACCCUGGGCUUGUUGACCCUUACCGCCCUUGCAGCCUCCUCGAGCCUCGUUGCGGCCCAGGCGGAGCCCGAAAUCACCGAGCCUGCGGUCCUCCCACCCAGCGAAGAUAACGUGCAGAAUUUCACCCCGGAACUGACAGAAGAGGAUGAGUACUUCGUGGAUGAAUCGGAUGGCGCAAGGUUGGCCAAGAGAACUCCACCCGCCGGGGUUUACAUCUGUAAUAACAAGAAUUGGUUGGCGCCGUGUUCCUGGAACAAGCUCAUCGACUCGCAAUGCAUGGCCUUCCCUUCGGAUUCAGGCUCUUCUGUCGGACCUCCUGCUGGCUGGCAGUGCAAGCUCUACUACGCCAAAAACUGCGCAGCGACAAACGGCAUGACGGAUGGAAAACUUACUUACCCCGGCACAGCGAACUUGGGAGCCCUGUACAACAACUAUGAGAAGCCCCAAUCAAUCAAGUGCAGGCAGUGUCCGCAGGGAGCAAAUUCGCCUUGGUAG